UUUAGUCAAACCUCUUUUCAAUAAGAAACUAAUUACUUAAUGGUGGGCGACAUUGAAACAAAUAUUGCAGCGUGUUGGCUCCCAUGGAAUGAGCGGAUGUCGCCUUUACUGGAUUAAUGUACUGUAGGUGUAAUUGAUCGGGUAGCACGUGUCUGAUUGAACAGACUUGAGAUAUAACGACUUGUCCGAUCAGAGAUGGAGGAGAAUGAGAGCCUUGUGGCUGGGAAGACUGAGGAGCAGUCAGGUAGUGUUCUUCUCACCUACUUUCAAGGAGACAUCAACAGCAUGGUGGAUGAUCAUUUCUCCCGUGCUCUGUGUAACUCAACUAAACCAAAAAGAGAAUACUCCAAAAGCAAAAGGAACCGCAAAUCCUCUCAAACAAUAGGUGGGUAUGGAUCAAGUCAAUGGGAAGCACAUUCACACAAAGGGAUUCAGUCCAUGUUUCCUCCAGAACAGCUCCAGCUAGCAACAAGCUGUGAACCUCAAUCGAACACUUACAUGCCACUGAAUCACUCUGCAAACAGCUCCAUCCUCUGGUCGGGGGCUUCUAACCAGGGUAUGAGUCUUGCUCUGCCUCCCAUGGGAUACCCCUCAGCUAUAUCUGAUGGUUCAAUGGUGGCAAGACACCAGUAUACUCAUUCUCUGUUAAACCUGCUUCACAAUGAUCGCCCCGACCUGGGCACAGUGGUGGUCAACCCCUCCAAACAAGACCACAUUUCUGAAUGGACAAAGUAUCCCAGAUUUGGGAACCAGAUGAGUUCUGAAGUCAACCUUGACUCUGGUGUAUUGGUGAUGGAGAAGGAGGAUUUUUAUUGGUGUUAAUGGAUCAUUAAUUAAGAUUUAAUACCAAGAACCAAAAGGUCUCUCGUAUCUUUCUUUGUACUGGCCAAGUGAAAAAGAACCUUGCAGUUUUUUGCACCUUUACCUGAAGACUUUUGCAUCUCCAACCUGUUUAGAAACUUGCUGUUCGUGUACCACAGAACAAAAGAUUGUGCAAGAGUUUGGCUCCAGGUUAUAUGGUUAAAGACGCUUUAGACACACACAGAAACACAUACAAACAGAAUAUUUUGUAUUUCUUUCAUAUGAUAAACCGAAAGGAAAAGUUCAUUUGUAGCAACUAGAUUAGAUUUAUUUCUUGUUGUUUGAAGAUUCUGUGACAAUCUCAGACUUCUGAUAGACUUGUUAACCUAUUUUUGUAACAUUUACCUUGUUAGAAAGCCACAUCAGAACAUUGAAUAACUUUGCAAAAUCGGCAUAGAUGGACAUUUAUUUGUUGAUUACAGUGUAUUUGUAAAUUAUUUGCAAAUUUGUAAGUUAGUAUAUUGGCUAUAGUAUAUAGAAACUGGGUAAAAUGUGGAUGUUUUACUUAAAUAAUUUAUGGCUAGGCAAUAGUGCAUACAUACAGUAUAAAAUAUUGUAUUAUAGACAGGGAUGGGAGGGUUACUUUUGAAAUUUAUUCCACUACAGAUUACAGAAUACAUGCUUUAAAAUGUCAUUUGUAAUGUAUUCCAUUAGAUUACUCAAGGUCAGUAACGUAUUCUAAAUACUUUUGACUACUUCAGCACUGGUAGAUUUUUUCACUUGUUUUGACUAUAAAACUCUGCCAGUACAGUAAGACAAAAUACACAUGUUAAAAAUACAUUCUCUGAAAAACCUAAAUACCUUAUUCAGUGUUGUUUCUAAAACAAGAUAAAUCAAAUUGAUCUUGUUUCAAGGAUUUUUAGAUAUUUUUACAGGAAAACAAUACAAAAAUUAUUAUCAAGAAUACGAUUUUUUUGCCCUAAUAUCAAAGGUCUUCCUAGAAAAAAAGAAAUUAUGAUCCAAAGUGAAUUUUCUUGAUAAAUAAAUAUGAUCGUGCCUGGUAACAUGUGUAUGAAAAAUGGCUAGAAAUAGCAUUUUAGCUUAGCAUAAAGCUGACAAUUUACACAAGGUUUAUUUCUAUUUCUUCUGCUCCAAACUUACUUCAAACUUACUUCUCUGUCUGCUUGUAUGAAUGUAACACAUCAUAAGAAAGUGUUUCACCGCUGUUCAAAUGCACUUUGGAUCGCAUAAUUUAUAUGUAUAAAUGUUUUCCAUCUGAAAGGACUAAAUUUUAAAUGAAACA